AUAACUCCGAGUUUUUAACAGAUUUUUAUAUAAAAAAACUAUUCUUGAAACUUUUAUUACCGCCGUGUAAUUUAGUUCUUUGAGUACAAUUUUUAUAAAAUAUGUUUGCCCCGAGAUCUUCAAGACCACUUACUGUUGCUUCUUAUCCUCAAAAUAAUCGUCUGAGACGUAAAAAGAAAGGCGAAAAUGCUGCUCCUGCUAUUGAAUUAGAAAGAAUUCUUGGGUUAACAGCAUCAAAACCAACUUCAAUGGCAACAGCCCCUUCAUUAGAUCUCGUAGCCUAUGCAGCUGGUUCUGUUGUGGUAUUAUAUAAUCAUAAAAAAAAUAAGCAAGUAGGUUUCUUACAUGCAUCAUCAACCGCUUCUCCAUCACCCCUUUCAAAUCAAGCAAAUUCUGCUUCGUGGUCGAAUGCUUUCCCAAAUCGUCAUACGAUUGCUGGAGAUGUUACCAUAAAUCCAUUAGGCUCUUUGGGUUUAAUAGACCCUUCUGUAGCUAGUUCAAAUAAUGCUAGUAGUUCUUCAAAGAAAACCCCUGUUAGUAAUAAAGCAAAACCAAUAUCUUGCGUGGCAUUUUCUCCUGAUGGUAAUUUCUUGGCUGUUGGUGAGGUAUUGUAUCGUGUUAAAAUAAUAUGCGUCAGACGAACAUUGCACCGCAUGAUCUACAUUGUUACACGAAUCUAACAUAUUUUUAUUAUUAUUUAGACCGGCCAUCAACCGCGUAUCUUAAUAUGGGAAGUUCAAUCAAGAACACUUAUAAAUGAACUAAAAGGACACAAGUAUGGAGUACUAGCACUUCUUUUCUCACCGAAUAUGAAAUAUAUCGUAUCAUUGGGUUUUCAGCAUGAUGGAUAUUUAAAUGUGUGGAAUUGGAAAACGGGCGCAAAAGUCGCAUGUAAUAAAAUCACUACAAAAGUUCACACUUUGGCUUUCAGUCGUAACGGAUCGUUUUUCGUGACGGCUGGUCUAAGACACGUGAAAUUUUGGUAUUUUGAUCCAAAUGGUAAUCUACCAAAGAAACCAGCCGUGAGUAAUUUU